AUGUUUUCAAAGUUGUUGCCUAUCCUUUUGGUGACUAUUUGUUUUAUAUUGAUUUGUAAAGCAGCAAGCAUUGAUUUAAAAUCUAGUGAAGAAAAUGUAUCUGAAGAAGUUUUAGUUUUAACUGAAACAAAUGGCUUUUGGAAGAACAAGGACGCAAAGAGGAAUACGACAUUGGUACACUGGGGAAAUGAUACUAGCGAAUCGUCAGAUGAUGAUGUCAUUGAAAUAAAUGUUGGUGGUGAAAUAAUAUCGACUCUACGGUCAACUUUAACUGCUGUACCUAAAUCAAAGCUAGCAAAGAUGUUCAUGAAAAAUAAUGAAAGUGAAUUAUAUUUACGCGACAAUAUGGGUACGGUGUUUUUCGAUUACAAUCCUGUUCAAUUCAAGUAUUUGCUUGAUCAAUUGAAAACGAUCAAGCGUAAUCCAGAAAUACCUGCUUAUGCAGUUGAUUUUCAAGCACCAAAUGCAGAUCUAAAAGCGAAUUUUACUGCUAUGAUAAUAGAUUUUCAACUAAACCCCGAUGCAUUCUUAUCACCUAGGAAGGGUGUUCAUCUGAGCUUGACUACAAAUUCUUUAAUUGGAUGGGAAGAAUGUUAUCGAAGCACAUACGAUAUGCCGUUGAAUUUAAAAUCGCUUGUCACAUCUUGCAAAAGUGUUAAACUUCUCGUUGGAUGUCGUCCUGCUGAAAACAACACAAUAUUAACGCUAGCUGGUGUAGGCCAAUGGAAUGAUCUACUUAAGACAUGUUCUUCAAAUCAUGCAUGCCAGAUUGAAAUGGAAGAUAAUAUACGUUUCUAUUACGCAUCAUCGCAAGCCUGGGGUUUCAAAGGACGCCGAGAAACUUCAUCUCCGAACGAUAAUCGAAACAUUAACCAUUACAGUGGAGAAUCAAGUGAUACGCUCAGUUUAAAUCCUUGCGAUUCAAGCAGUCAAUAUUCUGAAUACCGACUUUGUUGGUCACUUCGCUCCAGUUCUAAUCGUGGCGGUGGAGAUCGAUGUGGUUCAAUGAAAAAUCUCCACAACGCUGCUGAUUGGGAACGAAUAGUUUACCGAGCUAUUUGA